AUGCAUGCUCUCAUUAAGGAGUACAACUUGAAUGGUCAAUUUCGAUGGAUAUCUUCCCACACUAACCGAGCACGUAAUGGUGAGCUAUAUCGUUACAUUGCAGAUACUGGAGGUGCUUUUGUUCAGCUUGCACUUUAUGAAGCUUUUGGACUCACAGUUGUGGAGGCCAUGACUUGUGGCCUUCCGACAUUUGCCACAAUCCACGGUGGUCCUGCAGAGAUCAUUGAGCACGGUAUAUGCGGAUUUCAUAUCGACCCUUAUCACUCUGAACAGAUGGCUGCAAUUGUGGCUGAUUUCUUUCAAUGUAGUAAGGAGGAUCCUAGCUACUGGAAGAAAAUUACAGAUGGGGGCCUGAAAAGAAUUCCUAAAGACUUUGAUGUGAUCACUACAGCUAAUCUUAAGCAGAUCAAGAGGCAAUUCCAUCGUGCACAAAUUGUCGGACAACGAUUUCCUAUAUGUAUGGUGCAUAUUAAAGGUUCUGUCAUAGAGGUAUCCAGUUUUGAAACGGUGGCAAAAGCAAAACACUCUAAUAAAGAAGUUACUUUCUCUCAAAUGCCAAAGGGUUGUGAUAAGAAAGAUUUCAUCCGCUGGAGAAACAGCAUGCAUCGAGACUUCACAAUUAACAGUUUGUUCUUUGAUCCUUUAUCAAAUAAAAUCUUUGAUUAUGCAAAUGGGAUGGCAGAUUUGAGAUCCACUACUACACAAAAGGCUUCACACGAUGGUUUAAAACUGUCGUCUCAUGUUUUGCAUUUCCGUGGUCUAUCGAGGCGUCGUCUGAUGAAACGCUGUCAGACGACGGUUUUCAACCGUCGUAUACCGAUCAUUGGGUCGUCGGUUUGCAGCUGAAUCCGUCGUCUGAUGAACCAGCAGAUCUGCCGACAUGCUGUCGACAAGCUGUCGACAGAAAUAAGCCGUGGUGUGACUUCUACUCAUACCAUAGUUUUUAGGAUUCUAGCGUGGUGUGACUUCUACUCAUACCACGGUUCAGUGUGUGUGCCUUCACACGACAGAUAUAACUCGAACCGUUAUAUUGUGACAUUUGAGACAAUGGUUUUUGCUAAUACUUGUUGUUUUUGUGU